CUUUGCUCCAGUCGUGGUGAAUAAGAUGGGAAUCUCAUUUGUUGUCUCCGCAAAGAGGGCGUUUCGGGAAUGAAGUAAUCUCGUGUAGGGUAUGGAAUAUAGAUAAUUGAUACUGUACUGUUUGUCUAGUCAAUAUUUUUCACAAGUAGAUAGCCUAUUGAAAUUUUCAGCAUAGCCAUCUAUUCGAAUAACCGAGUCGAUGCAAAGACUUGUUAGGCGGGUCGUUGUCGGGGAAAAUGACAGGGGGGGACUAAAACAGGGAGGAAUGGCAGCUAACCUUGCUAAUGGGAGUGUACUGUACGGGUAGACAUUUCACAAUGUGAGUGUAUCAAACAAAAUCAGUAGCAAGCCAUUGUAGCCAAGUUGUUUGUGCGCAUUUAGUGCACGGUUAUAAUGCUUACAUUGUAUCAGCAUCCAGAGUGUAGAUUUGCUGCAAGGCAAGCGUUUCCCUUUUUUUGUGUGGCUAUCCGUGGUGGACAAUGAUGGUGGCUGGGACUCCGAUCACACACUGUUACUGCUACACUGCUCGAGUAGGCUACAAUGUUGCACUGCUGAGCUGAAUCAAACAGAAUCAAGGAGCUCAUAUUACCUUUGGAUUAACACACGGGCUAAUCCUGUGUUCAUAAGGGUUGUACUGAUCGGCGAGGUCUGCUGCAAUUAUGGAUGAUCAUCAUCAUCACCAUCAUCAUCAUCAACUUCAUCAUCACACACAGGGAAGCAUGUCACCAUCAUAUGUUCCAAGGAAGAGGAAGGCUUCACAGCCAAAACAAAAAAGUGGUGUUCCACUACCAGCUAUCCAGAGGAUGUCAGAUAUGAGUGUGAUGAGUAUGAUUGGUGCUCCACCUAAGAAUGAUGACCCCCAUGCCCAGGUGGCUCAAAAAAUGAAAAGAACAUAUGGCAGAAAAAGGUACGAGGAUCUGCAGAAUGUCUCCCUGGGCUCUGGUGUGGAGGAUUCAACCAGCGAGACGUCCUGCUGCUCCGUGGUGUCUUCCAGCCUGGCUGUAGCCAACGGGGAGCUGCCUCCCCCUCCACCUCCCUCUGCCAGACUGCCUCACAGGCUGGUGGCUAAAGACUGUUGGCCCAACCAGGCUCCAGACACAGGCAGGGCCCAGGGCCGGGGUCAGGAACCACCUCCACCCUCCGAUUUUGCCAUGAAGAAAAUGCGGAGAGUGGAGGUGGACAACGGAGCACCUUCUGUUACAAAUUUCCCUCCGGAAGUGAGACACACAGUUCCAGUUCCUGUUGGAGGUGGACAUGUCCAUAGCCAUGUCCAUAGCGGUCACUCAGUCGGAGGUGGACAUGUCCAUAGCCAUGUCCAAAGUGGUCACUCAGUCGGAGGUGGACAUGUCCAUAGCCAUGUCCAAAGUGGUCACUCGGUUGGAGGUGGACAUGUCCAUAGCCAUGUUCAAAGUGGUCACUCUGUUGGAGGUGGACAUGUCCAUAGCCAUAUCCAAAGUGGUCACUUGCAUGGAGGUGGACAUGUCCAUAGCCAUGUCCAAAGUGGUCACUCGGUUGGAGGUGGACAUGUCCAUAGCCACAUCCACAGCGGUCACUUGCAUGGAGGUGGACAUGUCCAUAGCUAUGUCCAAAGCGAUCACUCGGUUGGAGGUGGACAUGUCCAAAGCGGUCACUCGAUUGGAGGUGGACAUGUCCAGUGCAAUCACUCAAUUGGAUGUGGACAUCUCCAGAGCAGUUACCCUAUUGGAGGUGGACUUGUCCAGAGCAGUUACUCUGUUGUAGGUGGACAUGUCCAUAGCAGUCACUCUAUUGGAGGUGUAGCUAUCCAGAGCAGUCACAGUCACCCAGCAGAGCCGUCCGAGGAAGAGAAAUCUAAAGUCUUCACCUUCACAACCAAGAAAGAACCUCCUGUCUACCCCCCAGGAAGUCAAGAGGAGAGGUGGCAGCUGAUGAUCCUGGGGAAAGGGCGAGUCACGUGCCCCAAGUGUAAAAGUGUGAGCAGGAAGACUGUGGAGGGACUGAAGAAACAUAUGGAGAACUGCCGAGUGAAUCCCUUCACGUGUCAGCAAUGCGGGAAACAACUGAAAUCUUCCACUGGAAUGAAGUACCACAUCAUGGCAGACCACAAUAACCUGCCCUCGCCAGAUGACAUAAAUGGCCUGGAUGACCAAUCCAUGAAGGAAAAACUGAGGAAGGUGCUGAAACGGAUGGGCAAAUUAAAAUGCUCGAAAGAGGGCUGUACUGGUAGUUUCACCAGCAUCAUGGGUUACCUGUACCACAUGAAGAAGUGUGGGAAGGAGGAGUCUGAGCUGGAGAAGCUGCUUCUCAACUGCCAACACUGUGGCAAGGUCUACAAGUCUAAGGCAGGCCUGGAGUACCACCUCAAGUCAGAGCACGCACCAGUGCCCCAGAAUGUGGAGGAGGAUGAGGUGAAGGCCCAGAGAGAGCCCAACCCUGAGAGGACACCCAGCGGCCGGGUCAAACGCAUGUCAGCCCAGGUGGCUGUUUUCCACCUACAAGAGAUUGCUAAUGACGAGCUGGCCAAGGAGUGGCCCAAGAGGAAGGUCAUCGGGGACCUGGUCCCCGACGAUAAGAAGCUGAGAUAUGCACGCCCAGGGCUGCCUGCCUUCAGUCAGGAGGUCCUUCGAAAGUGGAAAAAUGAAGUGAAGCUGCAAAAGAAAGUGCAGUGCCCAAACCUGGGCUGUGGCUCGGUGUACACCAGCGUGUCUGGACUGAAGGCUCACCUUGGGCUCUGCGGAAGGGGGGACUUUGAAGCAGGGAAAUAUAAAUGCCUGAUCUGUAAGAAAGAGUUUAACUCUGAGAGUGGGGUGAAGUACCACAUCAACUCUGUCCACUCCCAGGACUGGUUUGCGGUGACCUCAAAAUCCAAGAACUUUAAGGUUCUGAAGGCCAAGACCAAGGAGAACAGCACCGUGGACGACCCCAUUGUUCAGCACCAGACCCUCCAUGUCUUCACCCCUGUCCUGGAGCCCUGGCAGGACAUGCCGAUUGGACCUCCACCAGCGGUGCCCGAGCCAGCCCUGCAGACCAACCCUGAGGCAGCAGAAGGAAAGAGGAGGGGGAAGGGGAGAGGGAAGGAGAAGGACUGCUAUGACUUCACUGGCAGUGACCACUCCAGCAGUAGCAGCAGCGGCAGCUCCAGCAGCGAUUCAGAGACAGAGGAGCUUGAUGGCCAGAGACACGACGUUGACCAAUGGGCACUGCAGAGACCCAGUAUCAUCGAGACCCACCCCGAUGUCGCCAAGCAACACAGAAGCAACCCCUAGUUCGUCCAAUCACCUGACUUCAGAUCAGGGGUCUGGUCAGGAGGGUGCAACGUUACAGAACAUUCAGAUAGAAGUGCAUUGGUCCUGGGAUGUGUAGUCUGUGUUUCAACUGUAACUAUGAGGUCAUCUUAGCCAACGUUUAAUGUGUUUUAUUAUUUUAAUAAGUUUGAUAACUCUUUGUUUUCUGACAUGCUUACUUAGACUAAUCUUUUAACCCCUAUUUUGACAAGUGCUUAUGUGUUGGCUUGUGCUCCUCGAUUCAGACUGUGCCUAGUGUAUGGAUCUAUUAUUUCAUACGACUCCUUUAUUAUACCUUACUUGUUAUCAGACCUCUUCUUUACAAUGCAUAUUUAACCAAUAGCAUGUGGUGUUAAUGUAGUGUGUAUUUUAUAUAUUGGAUAGUGAUAUGAUAACACAGGAUACAUUUGAGAUACAGUGGUUGUCGGUUAUAGUUGUCCGUGAUGUUUUUAACACUGCAUUGUUUGUUGAUGUACACAGUCCAGAUGGAAAUAGGUGCAGUUGUCAUUUCAUUUACUUCCUGUGUGGCCCUGUACUGUUUCUGCAGAUGUAUGAAUGUAUUUAGUUUAUUCUUCUGUUGAUAUUUCUGUCAGUGCACGCACUUCUGUUCAAGUUAGGUUUUGAGUAGAUUCAUUUCUAUUUUAUUUAGUAUUGAAUAAUGAACUGGCCCAUGGACAUUUUAAGUGAUCCCUAACACAUGAUGUUAACGAUAGGUUUUAUCUAUUUGAUGCCUUUUCAAAUCGACGUAAGACGUUCAAAGGCUCUGCUCAGGUCCAUGAUUCCUGUGACCAAAACAAGAGGCAUUACGCAUGCACUUUUAUAUUGAAUGAAAUUAAGUGCUCAGUUGAACGAUAGGCAUUCCCAUAACCCAACCUUGUGAAGGGUGACAAGUGUGCCCUAAUUUGUUGUCUGGCAUUAGACUGCUUCUUGAGUCUACCGGCCAAUAUUGUGUUCAGUCUUCACUGUUUUGAACCAACUGUUGUUUGUCAAAAAAUGAAAAGUAUUACACUUCAAUUCCACAUUUGUGUACAUUUUUAUUCAUGGAAAAUCUAUUGUUUCAAGUUUUAGAAAACAAAAUGCAUUAUACUUUUUUUUUAGAAGUACUGUAGGCCUAAUUCGCUGCUAUUUUUAACUACCAGGAGUGUUCGCUAUAUCAACAGGUGAAAUAAAAUAUUAACAUAAUGCUA